AUGGCGGUGACAGCAUCAAAGCUUGGCCUGUUGAAAGUAAAAAGUAAGCCAGAUGCAACUACUAUUUCAUACACAGGUACUGACUUGCCAUUGCACACUGAUUAUACGUUUUGUGAUUAUCCAAAUGGGAUUCAGUUUUUUCACUUCAUUGAGCAACUACCGGAUCCAACUGAAGCUGUAUCUCGGUUUUGUGAUGGAUUCAAUGUUGCGGAAGCUCUGAGGAAAAGAAAUCGCGCAGCGUUUGAUAUGCUUUCACAAUAUCCAAUACAGUUUGUGGAUUGUGGUACAGACUGUCUUGGUGAUUAUGACACAGAAUCAUGGCACAACAUGAUUAAAGUGUCUCCAAGUGGUGAAAUCACUGCAAUAUCAUACAGCAGUCAUACUCGAGGUCCUCACUUCUCAGCUCUCCUAAUGGACAAACUUUAUGAGUGGUAUGCAGCUUAUUAUGAAUUCUCUCAUCUGUUGAACUCACCUGAUUAUGUGAUUGAGUUCAACCAGAACCUGGACAAAUGA